AUGACUUCGAGGUACAGAGUUGAGUAUGCGUUAAAGAAGCACAAGCGUGAUGAAUUCAUCGAGUGGAUCAAGUCACUUUUGGCUGUUCCAUUUGUGCUACACGCAGAUUUGGAGAACUACGAAGAGAUCUACUCAAUCACCAAUGAACACGAGAAAGAGGCUGACCACUUUCUCGAAAUGCACGAACAGACACUUGCAAAGACAUGCCUGGAGAGAUACAUAGAGGUAUUUAUGGAUGUGGAAAAAUUGAUCGAUAGCACACGUUAUUUGGAUAGCUUCAUUGACGACGGCUCUAACAAUGUCUCUCGCUCUAGACUUAGGGAAUUGGUGCCCUCAGUAGGCAAGUUCUUCACAAGAUUACCAUUGAAAGAUGCUUUUGAGAUUGAGGAUAAAAAGAAGCAUAUUUCCAGAAGGAGGCUUGUGUCUCCAUCAUUUAAUGAUGUGAGGGCGAUUUUGAAUACUGCUCAAGUGCUCGCUCUCACAUCCCAUGCGGACCCUAACUCCAGGUUGAAGCUUAUUACUUUCGAUGGAGACGUCACCCUUUACGAUGACGGCAAAAACCUUUACAAAGAAUCUCCCUUGGUCGAUUGUCUUGUUGAGCUCUUGGCCAAUGACAUUUACGUCGCCGUUGUCACUGCUGCGGGUUACCCUGGAGAGGCAGGUGCCAAAGAGUAUCACAAAAGGCUUCCUGGACUCAUUGAGGUAUUGGGAACGACAGAUCAGCUUACGAAUCAGCAAAAAAGCAACUUUUUGGUGAUGGGAGGUGAGUCGAACUAUUUAUUCAGAUACGAUUGUGAGAUUCGUGGGCUUAGAUUCAUUGAGGCUGAACAGUGGUACUUGCCACUUAUGAGAGACUGGGACGUGAACAAGAUCCACAAUAUCAUGGAUGCAUCAUACGAUCAUUUGGUGCACCUACAGAAGAAAUUUUGUUUGGAUCAAGAUGAGAAGACCACGAUUAUUCGAAAGGAGAGAUCUUUAGGAAUCAUACCCACUAACGGAUUCAGGAUUCUGCGUGAAAUCUUGGAAGAGAUUGUCUUGUCAUUGCUGUCGAGAUUGCACGAUAUGCUUUAUGCUACUUCCUCGUUGCCCAAAGCUAAGGACGAGAGCCACCACUUCACCUCAAUAGUGACGGACGUAUCUGGAGGUGACUUAAGAGUGUGUGCUUUCAACGGUGGUGCAGACGUUUGGGUGGACAUUGGCGACAAGUCCUUGGGCGUGGAAGCUUUGCAACACUACCUCUGCAAGGAUUCAGGUAAGCCACCAAUCUCCAAGAGUGAGUCUUUGCACAUUGGAGACCAAUUCGCAUCUGUUGGAGCCAAUGACUACAAAGCCAGACUUAGCGCUUGCACGGUAUGGAUUGCAAGCCCCAAGGAGACCGAAGAGAUUCUUUUCCAUCUUAUAGACUUUUUGGCAAAGGCUCCCAAAGAUUGA